UGUGAAUACCAUCUGCUCCGAGGAGCUGGGAGCCUCCGUGGAUUCUGCUGGAGAGGCACCUUUAGCCAGGACUCCAGGCAAGGGGAGCAAGCCUGCCUUCCCUCUUUCUUAUCCAAACUUUUAGUUGUCACUGGAUUUCCUUUCUGUUUCCCUGUGGAACUUUUUUUGUGCUUUGCCCGAGGGCUGAGUUGCUUCUCCUGUGGGUUUUGGGGGUGUUUUUCUUUUAUUUUUUUCCCCUGUGUGGGAUUUCUUCUGGGGUUCAGCAUGCACACCAACCCAGGAAAUAAAUCAGGGAGUUUUGCAGCUGUUUAUUGCAGCACAAGAGUUAACAUGGAAUGUCUGAAUUGCUUUGAGAAACUACUUCCAAAAAUUUGACCUGCUCAUAAAAAGAGUCCCCCCCGGAGCGGUGCGGGCAGAGGCGCAGCAUGCCCAGCGGCAUCUCAGAGAAGAACCCCACCAUGGAGCCUGCGGCCACCACGCCCUUCCGGGUCACGGGGUUCCUCAGCCGUCGGCUUAAAGGCUCCAUCAAAAGGACAAAGAGCCAACCGAAGCUCGAUAGGAACAGCAGCUUCCGGCACAUUUUACCUGGCUUCAGGAGUGUGGACCAUGAAAGAUCCCAUCUAAUGCCGAGGCUGAAAGAAUCGCGCUCCCACGAGUCCUUGCUCAGUCCCAGUAGUGCUGUUGAGGCUCUGGAUCUCAGUAUGGAGGAGGAAGUGGUCAUCAAGCCAGUCCACAGUAGCAUCCUGGGCCAAGACUACUGCUUCGAGGUGACAACUUCAUCAGGAAGUAAGUGCUUCUCGUGUCGUUCGGCAGCAGAGCGAGAUAAAUGGAUGGAGAACCUGCGGCGUGCCGUGCACCCCAACAAGGACAACAGCAGAAGGGUAGAGAAUAUGUUAAAGUUAUGGAUUAUUGAAGCCAAGGACCUGCCAGCUAAGAAAAAGUACUUGUGUGAAUUAUGCCUGGAUGACGUUCUUUAUGCACGAACUACCUGUAAAUUGAAAACUGAUAAUGUCUUUUGGGGGGAGCACUUUGAAUUUAAUAACCUCCCAUCACUCAAAAACAUUACUGUGCACUUAUACAAAGAGACUGACAAGAAGAAGAAGAAGGACAAGACCAACUUCAUCGGGCAGGUGAACAUCCCCGUGAGCUCGGUGACGGGCCGGCAGUUCGUGGAGAAAUGGUACCCAGUGGUGAGCCCCAACCCCAGCAAGGGCAAGUCCCCAGGGCCCAUGAUCCGCAUCAAGUCCCGCUACCAGAGCAUGAGCAUCCUUCCCAUGGAGAUGUACAAGGAGUUUGCUGAGUACAUCACCAACAAUUACAUGGUGCUGUGCUCGGUGCUGGAGCCCUCGCUGAGCGUGAAGAACAAGGAGGAGAUGGCGUCGGCGCUGGUGCACAUCCUGCAGAGCACGGGCAAGGCGAAGGAUUUCUUGACUGACCUGAUGAUGUCUGAAGUUGAUCGCUGUGGUGAGAAUGAGCAUCUCAUUUUCAGGGAGAACACACUGGCCACCAAAGCAAUUGAAGAAUACCUGAAGCUGGUGGGGCAGAAAUACUUACAAGAUGCCUUAGGGGAGUUCAUCAAAGCACUGUACGAAUCAGAUGAAAAUUGUGAGGUGGAUCCCAGCAAAUGUUCGUCUUCGGACCUCCCCGAACAUCAGGGCAACCUGAAGAUGUGCUGUGAGCUGGCCUUCUGCAAGAUCAUCAACUCCUACUGUGUCUUCCCAAGAGAGCUCAAAGAAGUUUUUGCCUCAUGGAGACAAGAGUGCAGCAACCGAGGCCGCCCUGACAUCAGCGAGCGCCUGAUCAGUGCCUCCCUGUUCCUGCGGUUCCUGUGCCCAGCCAUCAUGUCCCCAUCCCUGUUCAGCCUGCUCCAGGAGUACCCCGAUGACCGCACCGCACGCACUUUGACCCUCAUCGCCAAGGUCACCCAGAACCUUGCCAACUUUGCCAAGUUUGGCAGCAAAGAAGAAUACAUGUCCUUUAUGAAUCAGUUCCUGGAGCAUGAAUGGACUAACAUGCAGAGAUUUCUCCUGGAGAUUUCCAAUCCUGAGACCAUCUCAAACACAGCUGGCUUUGAGGGCUACAUCGACCUGGGCCGGGAACUGUCCACGUUGCACUCACUACUCUGGGAAGUCAUUUCCCAACUGGAGCAGGGCACUGCCACCAAACUGGGGCCUCUGCCCCGGAUCCUGCGGGAUGUCAACGCUGCUCUCAGUAACCCGGCCUGUGUGCAGGUGUCGGUCACGGCCGAUCACGCCGCCUCCACACCCAGUGCUGGCAACAGCAUCUCCGCGGGGCUGCAGAAAAUGGUCAUAGAGAAUGACUUAUCUGGUCUGAUAGAUUUCACACGGUUACCAUCUCCAACCCCUGAAAACAAGGACUUGUUUUUUGUCACAAGGUCUGCUGGGGCCCAGCCCUCACCUGCCCGAAGCUCCAGUUACUCAGAGGCCAAUGAGCCCGACGUGCAGAUGUCUAAUGGCAGCAAGAGUUUGUCCAUGGUGGACUUGCAGGACAAUCGGCUUUUGGACAGUGGGGCCAACGCGCCCGGCACGGCCGACUCCCUCAAUGACAGUCAGUCGUCCCUGGGGCAGUUGCAGGGCGUAUGGACCACUCGGACUCAGAACAGUGUGACAGGCAUGGCCACCGUGCGCCGGGUGGGCCAGACCCCCACCACGCCAAGCGGCGAGAGCGCGCCCGGCCGGCCCCAGCUGCUGGCGCCCCUGUCCUUCCAGAACCCCGUGUACCAGAUGGCCGCCGGGCUGCCGCUGUCCCCCCGCGGCCUCGGCGACUCCGGCUCCGAGUGCCACAGCUCGCUCAGCUCCCACAGCAACAGCGAGGAGCUGACGGCCAACAAGCACGGCUUCGCUGGCCCCGCCGCCGGCGAGGACUUCUCGCGCCGGCCGGGGGAGCUGGCCCGGCGGCAGCUGUCGCUGACUGAGAAGGGCGGCCAGCCCACGAUGCCGCGGCAGAACAGCGCGGGGCCGCAGCGGCGCAUCGACCAGCCGCCCCCGCCGCCCCCGCCCGUCACCCGCGGCCGCACCCCGCCCUCCCUGCUGAACACAGUCCAGUACCAGCGACCCUCCAGCGGCAGCAUGAUGUCCUCAUCACCUGACUGGCCUGGCAGCGGAGCGCGGCUCCGGCAGCAGUCCUCCUCCUCCAAGGGCGACAGCCCUGAGAUGAAGCAGCGCACGAUGCACAAACAGGCCCCUUCUCCUGUGAACCCCAAUGCCCUGGACCGCACUGCUGCUUGGCUUUUGAAUAUGAACAUGCAGUUUUUAGAAGAUGAAAGCAUUGACCCAGAUUCCAAGCACAGGGAUAAGCUCAGGAAUAAGGACGAGCUCAGCCAAGCAGAAAAGUACCAGCAGGACCUGGUGGUGCUGCAGGACAAGCUCCGCAUCUCCAACAAGAAGCUGGAGGAAUACGAGACUCGCUUCAAAUGCCAGGAGGAGACCACACAGAAGCUGGUGCUGGAGUACCAGGCCAGGCUGGAGGAGAGCGAGGAGCGGCUCCGGAGGCAGCAGGAGGAUAAGGAGAUCCAGAUGAAGGGCAUCAUCAGCAGACUGAUGUCAGUUGAGGAGGAGUUAAAGAAGGACCAUGCUGAAAUGCAGGCUGCUGUGGAUUCCAAGCAGAAGAUUAUCGAUGCACAGGAGAAACGCAUUGCUUCCCUGGAUGCUGCCAACGCACGGCUAAUGAGUGCCCUUACUCAACUGAAAGAGAGGUACAGCAUGCAGACACGUAAUGGGAUCUCCCCCACAAACCCAACUAAAUUGCAGAUUACAGAGAAUGGAGAAUUCAGAAACAGCAGUAAUUGUUAACGCGCGGAGGGCGCUGCCGCAGGAGAGGCCUGGCCGGAGGGACCGUGCACAGCAGGCGUGAGCCGCGGCUUCAGAGAACGGCUGCUCCCCGAGCACCAGCUCCUUACUGCGGACGGCGCUGACUGACCCUGCUGGGAGAUGUCCUGCCAGCACAUUGAGGGACGGGAAUGUCGAGUGUGAGAUGAGUGGCAUAAGGAAAUAACAUAUAUUUGAGAAUCGCUGUCACUGUUGGAUUUGAAUCAGUGUUUAAUGUUUAAACAAAAGUAACCUUUUCCUUCUAAACUGCCCAAAGGAUAUGCCUCACCCCUCCCAGCAAGGAGUAACGUCCUUGUCACUGCAGUAAGCAAAAUAAAGGGAGCUGGGCAGAGCCUGCAGAAGGCAGGGGCCCAGUAAGUCCAGUUCCAAGUGUGCCGCUGGAUGUAGCAUCCGAGCGAUGGCAGCAAAGCCUGGCCCGCUCCUCCUGUGACUCCCCCCCGGAGCACAGCCCUCCCAAAGUGAACCCCAGCCGAGCCCAGCGUCCUUCCUGGUGGCUUCUGUGAGGCCACUGACUUUUCCUGCAUCCACAGGGCAUUUAUGCUGCUAAUUAGUGUUUAAUUAACUCCGCCCAUACAGGGAGCACAGCGCAGAUGGAAGGUCAGGGCGGUGUGGUGGCCGAAUGGGUGCCGUGUGGGGAACCCCGGUGGCAGGGGGGCAGGACUGGUGCUGCUGGGGGUCCCUGGGCAGCCCAGGGGCCCAGAGCAAGGCCAAGACUCUGGCAGAGGAGUGGAGGGAGGAGCUGACACCUGGUGAAUGGCAACUCAAUUCCUCUCGACAGCUUCUGCUCUCUCACAAAUAAAGGGGAAGAGUUUUGUAAGCAAUAGCCCCAGGCACUGUCCCACGCACACUUCCCACCACAGAAUAAAGUGAAUGUUGCCUGAGCUUGGUCCCUGAGCUGUGAUUGAGGGACAGGGGCUGGAUUUGCUGGUGCCUGUUGUGGUAGAGGGGGAGCGAGGGGCUACAUGGAGUGGCAGCUUCCUGCUUGAUCAAGGGUUCAUUGUGGGGAUGGAAUGCUCUGUGCUGAGAGUUUUACUAGUUCUGGGGAAAAAAACAGACAAAGAAACAAGAAAAAGCCCUGAAGACCCAUGAAGAUCGGUAAUUGUAUUUCUUUUCUUUCACAGUAUGCAUUAGAAAAAAAAAGAUCCCAUUUUCUGGAAUACUGUCCUCUUUAAAUUGGGAAUGAGCACUGCAUGGAAAUUAACCGGCUUGAAGAAUGUAAAACAUGGUCAUAAGGGAGUAACCACCAAGAACAGCAGCCACCACCGAAAGGCCCCUUGUCAGGAGCACUGUGCAGGCAUAAGCCAGGAUUAGACUUUCCCAGCGCCGAACGCGCAGCUUCGGCACAGACACGUUGUGCUCAGCGGAGGGGGCACCCCUUCACGGGGGUUGUGCCGCUGACCUGCCGCCACGGUGUUUAUUGGUUUGUGGUUCUUGCAGUUAGUCCUUCACAAGUCCCACUCUCAGAGCAGGUCCCUCGUACUGAGAGCCAGAGGUUUCUCUGAGAUACGGAUGACAGUGUACAGUGUACAGGACAUCUGCCUAUGCUCCCUCUAAAGGUUAACACACUGCUCAACGCCUGUCCUUAGCUCCUCCUGCCAUGUGUAAAUGUACAGUCCAAGGGACUAGGACGUUCCUUGAGCUCUGCUCUGCUUAGGUACCGUCUUCAGCCUCACACUUCCCAGGCUGCCUGAGCAGGACACUUUGCCAGUAAGCUCUGCAUUGCCGUGCUGCCCCACAGCCAUAAGGCUCCUUAACAGCAUUCUUCCUCAUGCAAUCGUUUGCAAAAUUAAAGAUGCUCUUUUUCCUACACGUUUUUCUGGUCCCUGGAAGCCCUGGGCCAAGCCCAGGAGGAGCGAACGUGUUGCACUGAGGUCUCCACACCCCGCCAACACCUGCCGAGGGGUGCAGCACACAGCAAACCCCAAAAGGAGCUCCUCAGAGCAAUGUCAUAACUCAGUACUUAUGGCAAGUACAGUCACCUUUGAAUUUUGGAGACUAGCACAGAUGGCUUUGAAGAACCUCACAAAUCUGACAAGGUUACAACUGGAGAAAGACCCAGACAGGUUAGGACUAUACAGGGUACUGUGAACCGUUGGGUACGUAGAUUUACACCUGCCACUGUCUCAGAGUCAAAUACAUGAUAAGAACCCUGCAAAAAGACUAUUUUAAACGCUUUUGCCCUGAGAUGUCUGUUUAGAGCUGAUCGUUUUGCAUUCUAAGUAUUUGUGUUGUGAGAGACUGGAGUUUUUCAAGACAGAAGUGACAUAGAGGAAUGGAAAUGCUAACAGGGUAUGGGGCAGGCGCCCCACCAGCAACGUUUCCAUUCAUACAUGGAAGUAAUUUUGGGAUGCAGUCAGUGCUCUCCGUAAGAGCUGGAAAAAGAAACACCCACAAACCAAUUGUUUAGUGCUGAAGCUAAGCACAGUACAUCUUAAUCUUCUCCUCAAUCACAAGCCAAGGCACUGCUCCCCCCCGCCCUGUCCCGAUCUGUCACAAACUCCUGGUUACCCUCAAACUUGCAAAUUACUGAACACAUUGUUCUGCUGAAAUAGCAGGAAUGCUUAAAUCCUUCCACAGCCAGUUAUUAAAAUCUUAAAAGUUCCAGUGCCAACACCUUCUGGAGUUGUUGCUUAGUUUCCCGAGCCAGUACAAAAAGAAAUUCAAAUCAGGAUGAAGUCUCGUUACAGUAGAAAUUCCCCCGUUUUUCCCCAUUUUCUUCCCCUGCAACUGUCAACAACUGGACCUAACUGUGAACCCUCCCCUAAAAAGAUUUGGGGGCAGGUGUUCAGGUCCAGGCUCAGUUCUGUUCCUUCAGUUUGUGUUUCUGUUAUUUAUAAGCUGUACAUUUCUGUGCAUGUGUGCGUGUGUGUGAGCGCGGGAGCCCCACGCGUUCCCUGCCGUGGCCUCGGAGCUGGUACCUGGCGUAGCAAUACCUGGAUCCCGAGAGGUGCUGCAGCACCAGAGCAAACCACCGCUGUCCCCAAGGCUUUGUGAUCGGCUCCAUUUCCUUUCCGGUUCUUGCGCUUUCUACAGUAAGAGGCUGUUCUAGUGCAAACUCGUCAAAGUGUAAACAAAGCAAAAACACUCCAAUUUUUAUCUUAAUACAAGUCUUAAUAUUUUUUUGUAAAUGUUCUCAGUGUUUACUGUACCGUAUCUAUCUCACUAACAGUUGUAUAUAGUAACUUACUUCUGGUGCUGCUUAUUUGGUCAGGAUUUGGCUGUAUCUCACUGCUGUGUUGGAGAGGUGGGCUCGGGCUGCCAAAUCUGGAUCCAGACCCACAUUCUGAUUCCAGCCUCCUCCCUUGGGGAUCUGAGGGAAGGGAAGGCAGCAAAGCCAUGGAUCCAGAUUUGUGGUGGGCCCACCUCAAAGAUUCUAAGAGUUUUGAUUUGGGGUUUUGUUAAACUGUAGUGAACGCUCCUGAAAAAAUGAGCGGUUUUGUGUGAAGGGGGAUGAAAUGGACUGACCAGUAUCCCAAGGUCUCUGCGGACUUUAAGUAUCAUCAUUUUGGACAGGGAUUAUGGCUUCAGUGCCAAAAGAUGGGAGGGACCCCAGUCCUUCUCCAUGCCAACUAAUACUACAGUGUAGUCACCAGCCCCUUUUGCACCAGUUUAAGCAGAUCCUGCCACCAUCCAAAGAGUCCGGUGUCACUCCGCAUUGUCAUUUGAGUCUGGUUGGUUUUGUUUUCUGCUUUUGCAGCUGUAAAGCACUGAUUGCACUGUGAGAACACGUGGAACCCUCUGGUCUGGGAGCCAGUCCCAGAGGUUGCUGCAGGUUGCAGGACACAGGUUCUGCUACUAUGACUAUUCCUAAAGGGCAUAGGGACUUGCUGGACCUCAGUGAGGUGUCACAGGCUCUCCUAGGAAAGCAAUCAGCAAGGAAUCAAUAAUUCCCAAAGUUUAGAUAGCUCAUAGGUGUUUUCCUGUUCCUAAUGUCCACACACAGAUGCAAUAGAAAACGUGCUGAGCUCUGUUCUGUGAUGGACAAGGAGAGGAAUUUCAGUCACAGAUGGCAGAUACACUGAUGUGUUCAGCCAGGAGAGCCACAGGCUGUGGCCCAGGGGUCUGAUCUGAGAGGGGCUCAUUUCCCCCAGCAAUCCCAGGACAGGGUGAGCAGCCCUGGGGUGAGGCCUUUCUGAUAGUCUGUGACCAGCGGGUCCAGCAGCUCCACCACAGUCCCUGCCCUGUCCUUCAGACACAGCUUUGCCUGGAGAGCACGAAGCCGAAGUCCAAAGGGAACACCUGUGACAAUGUCCCUGGGUGGGCGCUCCGUCCUUCCCACCUGCACUGACUGUUGGGGUCACUUCCUCCCAAAGGUCUGCAUUCAAAGCAAUCCAGGCCUCCAGGCUGGCCAGGACUGGGACCUGGUCUGGGUCAGAGCCACAGCCUCAUGGCCACCACAAGCUCCCUUCAGUGGCCACAAGAAGGGACACUCCCUGCCCAUCCCCAGCUGGUCUCUGAGCCUCAGGGCCGUUUCAGAGGAAACCGCUCAGCCAGGAGGCUCAGACAGUGGCACCUGCCCUGCUCUGACCCCACACAGGUAACUGCUGCCUUUUCCUUCUCCCUUGGGGAAAAUCACACGUGGGGGAGCAGGAGGACAACAGCAGCAUGAGAACAUGCAGCUCAUGGGCUUUCCAAACCAAAUCCAAUCCUGAGGGCGUUGCACAACAUCCAGAAACAACCAUGCUUUGGAAAAGGGUGUCACGUUCAAGCAUUGACUUUCACAGAUCACCUGAGCUGUGACAUUGCUGUAAAUGCCAUGUGGCUCUGCAUCAGCUACCAGUACCCCAGAGUGCAGCAUCCAUGUUCACAUAUUCCUUUAUCAUACAUCACUGUGUCUUAAGAUAUACCUCUCUCUGUAUAUCUGCUUAGGCUGAUACUUGUUCCUGAUAAGCAGUCGCUAUGUUUUAUAUCCUCUUAUAAAGAAAAACAAAUCUUUUUUUGUAAGUAUGUUUAAAAAACAAAAAAGCAAAGUGGAAGUGUUUGCUGAAUCUCCUUCAGCUCCUUUUAAACUAUGUAAUAAUGUACAGAGAAAGUUGUUGGUGUUCAAAGAAAUGAUGUGGCUGUGCAAUUUAUGUACAUUUGCAAUUAGAAAUAUUAAAGAUUUAUUUAGAUAUUUUA